AUGAUCCAGCGAUCCCUCCUUCGAUCAGUCCAGAACGCCACGCGACCAUCAUUAUCUUUCCGACUAUCACCGCAGAUUCGACCAUUCCUCACAUCACGCACAGUCGCGCCAUCAGCAUCAUCAACAUUACAAGGCCGAAGAUGGUACUCUGAACCCGCUGAGGCGAAAAAGGACGAUGUUGCGGCAGAACAAGCAGAUGCGCAAGGCACAGGCGACAAAGCUACUGCAGCAGCUGGUGAUGGACUUCAAGCACAACUCGAAAAGAAAAACAAGGAAGUCAUUGAAGUCACCGACCGUCUAAAACGCCAAAUAGCCGAGUACCGCAACCUCCAGGACCAAACCAAACGCGAGGUCCAAGCAGCCAAGGAUUUCGCUCUCCAACGCUUCGCCAAAGACUUGCUAGAUAGCGUAGACAAUCUCGACCGCGCGCUCGGUGGCGUCGAUGCUGCGAAGUUGGCUGAGAACGGGGAUCUCAAGAACCUGCACUCGGGGCUCAAGAUGACUGAGGAGAUAUUGAUGGGGACGCUGAAGAAGAACGGGAUGGAGAGGUUUGAUCCUGGCGAGACGGCGGAGAAGUUCAAUCCGAAUACGAUGGAGGCGACUUUCCAGGCGCCGCAGCAGGGGAAGGAGGAUGGGACGGUGUUUUAUACGCAGAGUAAGGGGUUUAUGCUUAAUGGACGGGUGUUGAGAGCGGCGAAGGUUGGGGUUGUCAAGAAUUCGUAG